AUGUUUUCAACAAAAUUUGUAAAGUUUUUUAAAAAUGACCGAAAGGCAGUUGUAAAGAAGAAGUAUGCUAAUAUCCAAGAAUUUAUGGCUGCUACUGGUAUUGAUCCCGAAAUUACAAGAGAAGAAUUAGAAAAAAUAUUAAAAGUGUGUGAUGGAAGCUGGCAACAGAUGUGUGAAGAUAGUGGUUUGGAAAAUUUCAAGAAGAAAAAUGAUACAAUUGGUCUUCGGAAAAGAAAGCUUAGUCUUGUUGGUGAAGAAAAUAAUGAUUUACAAUGUAAAAUAGCUGCUAAAAAAUCUUUAUUGAGUAAGGAUAGUGCAUGUAGCUCUGUAGAAAAUGUAAUUGAAACGUCAACAAUAGCUAGGGAUGCAACUAUUUUGUCAAAAGAUUCUUCUAUUGCUAGUUCUAUAAACAUUUUGAAGAAUAAUGAUUUUAUGGAUUUUGCUGUUACUGAGGAUACAACUUAUGUUUCAACAGAUAAUGUCAAUCAAAUGGAUACUUUUGAAUUAGAGAACACAACGUCUAAUGCCCCAUCUAUCAAUAUGUUACAGAAUUCAACAUUCAAAGCGUUUGACAACCAAAGUAUUUCAGAAAAUAUGGAUUUUCCUUUUGUUAAUGACACGAUUGAUACGGGGGGAAAGUUUUCUUAUUUAUCUAACACAAUUUUAUCAAAUAAAAACAACCAAUCUACCGUAAGCUCGAAGAAUUUUUCUUUGAAUGUAGCAAAUGAUAAAGAUUUUCAAGAUUUCCAAGAAGAUCCUCACACUGUCAAUCAAGAUAAUCAUAAUAAAGUUUCUAAAAAUACUUUUCGAAGGAGCUCACGCAUUCUCAAUAGAACUUUAAAUUUGUCUUCUUUUAUGUCUUCAUCCCAACAUACAGAAGUACAAUCAAUUAGAUUAGCACAAGAUCAAGAUUUCUGCGACCUUGCAUAUACACCUGGAAACGAACAGAGAUCAAAAUUACGAAAUAAAACACUAGAUAAUUCUCGUGGAUCGACUACUUCUUUUCUUACUAAAGUUUCUUCAACUAGAAAAAAAAAGGAAUCAUCACGUCGAACAGAAAUGCCUUCUUUAAGAUUAAGUCAAGAUCAAGAUUUUAAUGAAUUUGCUGAUUUUAGUAAUGUCUCGAAAAAAUCAAGAUGGCGUGGUAGAACAUUAGAUAGUACACGUGAAUCUACAAUUUCUGUUGCUAGCAAAAAGAAAUUACCAGAUGUGUUUACUAUUGAGGAGGAAUCAUCACGUCGAACAGAAAUGCCUUCUUUAAGAUUAAGUCAAGAUCAAGAUUUUAAUGAAUUUGCUAAUUUUAGUGAUGUCUCGAAAAAAUCAAGAUGGCGUGGUAGAACAUUAGAUAGUACACGUGAAUCUACAAUUUCUGUUGCUAGUAAGUUUUCAACUAAUACUAAAAACAUAAAGAAUGUUAGUGACACUAAGAAAUCAUCAGAUGUAUUUACCAUCGAGGAGGAAUCAUCACGUCAAACGGUAAUGCCUUCUAUAAGACUAAGUCAAAAUCAGGAUUUCAAUGAAUUUGUCGAUACUAGUAAUGCUUCGAAAAAAUCUAGAUGGCGUGGUAGAACAUUAGAUAGUACACGUGAAUCUACAAUUUCUGUUACCAGUAAACUUUCAACUAAUGCUAAAAACGUAAAAAAUGUUAGUGGGACUAAGAAAUUACCAGAUGCAAAUACCAUCGAAGAAGAGUCAUUACUACAAACUGAAUUACCUUCCAUGAAAUUGAAACAAAACCAUGAUUUCAAAGAAUUUAUUGAUAUUCCUACUACUUCAAAGGAAUCAAAAUGGCGUGGUAGAACUAUAGACGAUACACUUGAAUUCUCUACAGUAGAAGAGUAUGAAAUGUUAACUAAGCCGAAAAUAAGAUUUCUAGGCAGAACUUCUUUAAAUUCAACUGAUUAUAUUGUACCAAAAGGGCCCAUUGUUCCUAAAAAUAAUUUUGAUGAAAAUAGUUCUGAAGCUUCUCAACUAACAAUGAGUACGAGAAGAAGAAGUUUACGAAGUGUUUCUAUAAAUUCAAUCGACACACGUUUGUUACCUAAACCAAUUAGAAUUAAAACUAAAAGAAAUCUUGACAUUAGCGGCUAUUCUAAUGAUGAUCCUAAAGUUGCUUUUAGAAAAAUUCAGGAACAGCGUGAAAAAAAGAUUGUUGUAAAUAAUGAUACUGGUGACAAAGAUUUGUUUGAAAAUGAUAAGAGUCUAGUUUUAAAAAAAACAGACUAUUCAAAAUCGACAUUGUCAUCGCAAUCUAUUAUGAGCUCUCAAGAAGUUGAAGAAGAGGAUAAUAGUCGAAAAGAGGUACGCAGAUCUAAAAGAAUUAACAAUAUGAAAUCUAUUAUAAAUACAAAUGAUUCUGUUUUCCAAACAGAGACACCUUUUUUUAAAAGAAAUAGUAGAAAAAUAUCAAAAUCUUUUAAUAAACUUAAUAAUUCUGCCAAUGAAAGUGUAAUGUCUUCGCCAAAAUCAUUUGCUAGUGAAGGAUAUUCAGAGUUUCCCAUUCUUAUUGAUGAAAGUGUUGCUAAUGAGGAAAAUAUUUCUAAAAAGACAGGUAAACAUGUGAUAGUUAGAGGUAAAAAACAACAGCAAAAAGUUCUUGUUGUUAGAAGACCUAAGGUUACUAAACCUAAUGAAGAUCAAAUACAAUUUUUGAAUGUUCGCCGUUCUCGACGUAAUCGUAUACCUCCUGUGGAUGACUCAUUACUUCAAAAACCAAUAUAUGAAAGAGAUGAAAAUGGUCUUUUAACACUAGUUGGAGUAAGUGAAGUUGUCGUCAAAGACCCUCUAUUUAUUAAAUAUGGAACAGCAGAUUUUGAAGAAAUUAAACAUAUUAAAGCUGUACAAAACAGGAUAAAAAGACAGAAAAAGAAGGCGAAAGAUCAAAAUCUUGCGUAUUAUGGAAUUAAAUCUAAUGUUUGA